AUGGCUCCCAUAACCUUGGAACAUAUCAAUGUUCACACCACCAGCUUUGCUGAGAUCACCAGACGUGAGAAGGCCGAGCUUCAAGGCUUGAACAAUCGUUUGGGGCAAUACAUCGCUCGCGUGCGUCUGCUUGAAGAUCAGAACAAGAGAUUCGUUGGAGAUUUGCAACAAUUGAGUCUCAGCUGGGGACAGAAGAAUCGUGAUAAUCGGGUUCGCAUCUCAGUCGAUGUCAAAGCAUACCGUCAGAAGAUCGGUCAAGCUGAACGUGCUCAUUUCGAACACGAUGUUCGUGCUAAGCGUACUCAUUUCAGAAUCAACGUCUUGAAAAAGAGAAUCGCUGAUAUUCACCGUCUUCGUGAUGGCGAUAGACAUGGUCUUCAGGAUUACGAGAAGUCUAUCAGAGAACAGCUUUCUAUUCUCGCCCAACAUCAAGAGAGAUAUCAACGUGUUCUUCAAGAGGAGGUCGGUGUCUACACUGAGAAUCAACGUCUUUAUGCUGAGCUCGACCAAGUCUACGAUCAUGUUGACAGCAUCACCAUUGACACUCUUGACUUACAAAGUCAAAUUAGAAGAAUCGAACUGGAAAUCGGCUUGCUCAGAAAGAUCCAUGACACUGAAGUCGUUGAACUCAGCAAGAUGGCUAUCUUAGCUCCAGCUGACACCAAGGAAUUCUUCAAGACCGAAAUUGCAUUGGCUAUCAGAGAUAUCCGCAAGGAAUUCGAUAACAUCCACAACAUCACCAUGACCAGAAUGAGAGGCGUUCAUGAACAGAAGAUCUCAGCAAGACGCGUCCACCAUGUAUAUGAUACUAGAAAGACCGAGAUCAUUCAAAGUUGCCGUAUCAAGACUGAAGAGAUCCUCCAAAAACAGAGUGGAAUUGAAGCUCUCAAUGCUCAACUACAGAGCAAGUUCGACGCUUUGAGCCUUCAAAGAGAAGAAGAUCAAAGAAGACACGAUGAAGAAGUUAGAAAGCUUGAUGACCAAUAUGAGUUUGCUCGUGAUGAUUACAGAAAACUUUUAUCUGAGUAUGAAAACUUGGUUGCUAUCACCAGUAAUAAUAACUCUGAAAUUGCUAUCUACAGAGCUCUUGUUGAGGGAGAAGAAAAGAGAGUUGGAGUUACCCAUGACCAUCAUGUAAUUACCCAUGUAGCCGCCCCUGUUCAAACCAUCGUCCACGAGCAAGAUAUCAACGCUAGUGGAAGAAACGAUAUCACCUUCAGAACUCAUGCCACCGGUAACAUCGUUCUUCAUUGCGAUCCCAUCGGAAGAUCAAUCACUUUGGAAAACAAGAGCCUCAUCUCUGAAGAUGUUUCCUCAUGGAGAAUCUCACGUAAGGUUGAUCACCAACCAGAAAUCAGUUAUGUGAUCCCACAUGGAGUUAGUGUCCCCCCCAAAGCUCGAGUGAAGAUCUUCCCCGGUGGUACCAUCAGAGACUCUUCCGCCUUGGUUAACCAUGAAAUUACAACAUGGGGAAUGGGAGCUGUAGUUUCAACAGUACUAUACAAUCAAUAUGGAGCCCAUAAAGCCGAUCACGAACAAAAAGCAGCUGUUGAAGAUGUAUAA